CUCCUCCAAGCCGACAGCGCAGUGCUGGGCCUCUCACACACUCAUGCACUGGUGCGAGGAGCUGGCAGGUGGGACCAAUUCUGUCGCUGAAAAGCAGCAGGGUCCCGCAGCUUCGCAUCAAUUUCCGCUUGCACCGACACCCAUCCUCGCCCACAGCCUUUGACCUGCGUGCACCGUCUGCUUGUCCGGCCGCAACUGUUUCCCUCGGGUUACCCAUAAGCAGCAAUCCCCAAAGCGCCAACCCGACCCAAAGCCAGACGCGACAACCUUUGCCGGCCGAUAGUGCAUAAGAGUCACCGACAUUGCUCCCAGACAUUCUCCUUCGCCGGCGUGUGCUGUGAUAAGGCUUGAAGUCCCAAGCAGCGACACAUCUCCCACACGCACCGUUUUCUCGCCGAUCCUUCAGGACAACAGCAUCAUCACCAUGGCUCCAGACAUUGCACGAUUGGGCUCCAUCUCGCCCGAGGGCAUGCUGGCCGAAAGGGAAUUGCUGGACGCGUCUGCCAACACCGAGUACAUUGGGCGCAGGCCGUCGACUUCCGGGCGAGACACGAAGAGAGUCCGAACGCAGACGCAGUCGCUGCCUCCUCCCGCCCUGCCACAGCUCGUCGCUGAGCAGGCGCAUCCCAUCCCCGCGUCCGACAAGGACACCAAGCGCCUGAUCGUCGUCCUCUCCAACGCCAGUCUCGAGACGUACAAAGCCGCCCACGGAGGCCGCAAUGGCAUAAAAGAUGAUAAAUACUCGCUGCUCAACAGCGACGAGCAUAUCGGCGUAAUGCGCAAGAUGAAUCGCGACAUCAGCGACGCGCGUCCCGACAUCACGCACCAGUGCCUACUCACCUUGCUCGACUCGCCUGUCAACAAGGCUGGCAAGCUCCAGAUAUACAUCCACACCGCCAAGGGUGUUCUCAUCGAAGUGUCGCCGACCGUUCGCAUUCCGCGUACCUUUAAGCGCUUUGCUGGUCUGAUGGUCCAGCUUCUACACAAGCUGUCCAUUCGCAGCACAACCUCGCAAGAGAAGCUGCUCAAGGUCAUCAAAAACCCCAUCACCGAUCACCUACCGCCGAACUGCCGCAAAGUGACCCUUUCCUUCGAUGCGCCCGUUGUGCGAGUACGCGACUACAUCGGUGAUCUUGGGCCGAGCGAGAGCAUUUGCGUCUUCAUCGGUGCCAUGGCCAAGGGCGCCGACAAUUUUGCCGACGAAUACAAAGAUGAUUCGAUCAGUAUAUCGAAUUACUCGCUAUCAGCAAGUGUGGCUUGCAGCAAAUUCUGUCAUGCUGCAGAGGAUUGUUGGGACAUUAUCUAGAAGAGGAGUGUCGAGAGCGGUCUGCGCAGCACGAGCGAGGGAACACAGCAGCAAAUAACAUACAAAGGCAAGUACGAAUAUUGCCGCUUGACCACUAGCCAUGAUACCAACAUCAUGAGCGAGACAAGCGUGCUUGGAGCUUGUUGGAAGGUUUUGCUAUUUGGUGGAUCACAACAUCACUGUGGGCAAUGCUUUCUGGCACUCUACCCAGGGUUGGUAUCGGCUCUUGGAUCAUGGCGGCGAAGCGUUGGAAUGUUGGCAAUGCUGCUGUUGCUACCUCUUGUGACUGACAACGAGAUUUUUGGCAUCUGAUUGCGGGAUCUGCGAAAGUUGCUUGAUCGGCGAACGUGCUUUUCUUCUGGCGGAAUGGAAAAGUUCUUCUGUGUGUCUAUAAACGUGUAAAAUACUGAAUGAGAGCGUCGGAUCUGCCCAGCUCAACGAAUCUUUGCAAUACAGCUCCUGUGGUAUCAAAUGGAGAGUGAGCUAUGA